CAUAAACCUGGGGUUAAAAAAAAAAAAAAGAAGAAAAAUAAACGCUUGGUUGUUUGGAAACAGAAAACCGCAGGAUGUGGACGCUGGAACAGGGCUCUUGUGAUUUUAAGGCUGUGUUGGUUAUCAGUCCUGUUCUGGUGUUAUUGUGAAGUUUUAAUGACACGCUGAUACUGGCUUCGUCACAUUCAGCACUCAACCGAAAAAAUUAAUAAAAAUAACAGAAGAUAAAAAGCAUACUCUGCCAAACCUGACGGAAUAGCAGUCCAAAGUUGAACUAGUACUUUUCUUCGUUUACUUUUCGUCAAAAUGAACGUGCCGAAAAGCGGUUAUCGCGUUUUCUCUGCUAACUCCACUGCGGCAUGCACAGAGCUUGCCAAGAAGAUUACUGAGCGUCUUGGCGUGGAGUUGGGAAAAUCUGUUGUUUACCAGGAGGCGAACAGAGAGACUAGAGUUGAUGUCAAAGAGUCUGUUCGAGGCCAAACAAUCUUUAUUAUCCAGACCAUUCCCAGAGAUGUUAACACAGCAAUCAUGGAGCUGCUAGUCAUGGCAUAUGCACUCAAGACCUCCUGCGCCAAAAACAUUAUUGGAGUCAUCCCUUAUUUUCCGUAUAGCAAACAGUGCAAGAUGAGGAAGAGAGGAUCUAUAGUGUGUAAACUGUUGGCGUCCAUGCUUGCCAAAGCAGGUUUGACACACAUCAUCACUAUGGACCUGCAUCAGAAGGAGAUCCAGGGUUUCUUCAGUUUCCCUGUGGAUAACCUGCGUGCUUCUCCAUUCCUUCUGCAGUACAUUCAAGAAGAGGUCCCUGAUUACAGAAAUGCCAUUAUUGUUGCAAAGUCUCCAUCUGCUGCAAAAAGGGCUCAGUCAUAUGCGGAGCGGCUGCGUCUGGGCCUGGCUGUUAUUCAUGGGGAGGCUCAGUGUUCUGAAUCGGACAUGGCGGAUGGACGACACUCUCCUCCUUGCGUGCGCAACACUACAGGCCACCCAGGCCUCGAGCUGCCAUGCAAGCAACAAGCUCCGUUCCCAGGCAUAGAGCUUCCAAUAAUGAUGGCCAAGGAGAAACCACCCAUUACAGUGGUGGGAGAUGUUGGAGGACGCAUCGCCAUCAUUGUUGAUGACAUCAUUGAUGAUGUGGAAGACUUUGUGGCAUCAGCAGAGAUCCUGAAGGAGAGAGGAGCCUAUAAGAUCUACAUUAUGGCCACCCAUGGCCUGCUGUCAGCCGAUGCACCACGUCUCAUUGAGGAAUCUGCCAUAGACGAGGUAGUGGUGACGAACACCGUCCCACAUGAGGUGCAGAAGCUGCAAUGCCCGAAGAUCAAGACGGUGGAUGUGAGCAUGAUACUGGCCGAGGCCAUCCGUCGCAUCCACAACGGCGAGUCCAUGGCCUACCUGUUCCGCAACAUCACUGUAGAUGAUUAGGCUUAGCUUUGACCUCACUGUGGAAGGGAACUCUUUACAAAGGAUAGAGGAGGUGAAGAGGAAUUGAGGAGAAAGUCCUCUUCUGCAUGUGCUAGGAGUGCCAGGUUUUCUAAAAAUUAUUAUUUAAACCAAUAAUAUUAGCUUAUUUAAAUUUAUAAUAAUAAACUAUGCUGUUUGAGGCCAGGUUAAAUACAAAUUUAAGUUAAAUUUUAAAAUUUUCUGCACUACUAUAAGCUAUAUAGCUCUAAAAGGCUGCAACAGUACCUGAGACAUAUGCAAGAAACUUGAAUGUUGUUCUGUUGCUUGCUGAAGUAGUCUGCCAAAUAAAGGCAUUUGGUCAAAAUUGGUUUGCUUACACUAAAUUUAUAGUUUGUGAUUAUUAAAAUUGUCCAAUAUUAGUGCUUGAGCCAAUAUGCCCUAAAACUGUAGAGCUAUCGAUAAGCAUUAUGCUGAUUUGUGUAUUAAGAGUGGUUAGCUCUUCAUUACAAAAAUUUAAGGAAAAAACUUGCACGUCUUUGCGUCCAAGCCAUGUGGUUUCUGUGUCCUCUCGUUGUUGUGCCCCUAUACUUUGUGUCUUGUGUACUGGGAUGGAGCCCUUUUCAGACUUUACCAACGUUAUGUUAGUUUGUAUUAAGAAGCAGCCUUUAUUUUGUCUCAUAUACAUUACAGCACGGUGAAAUUCUUUUCUUCGCAUACCCCAGCUUGUUAGGAGAGUGCAGGGUCAGCCACGAUACAGCGCCCCGGAGCAGAGAGGGUUAAGGGCCUUGCUCAACGGCCCAACAGUGGCAACUUGGCAGUGCUUGGGCUUGAACCCCUGACCUUCAGUAACCCAGAGCCUUAACCGUUGAGCCACCACUGCCCCCGAUACUGACGUGAUCGCAAUGUUGCUACAGUUCAUUGCUUUACACAUUUACUUUUUCACAGUGUUCUUUGCAACGUCUCACUCAUCACUUCCACUUCCCGUUCAGAACUCAUUCCUGUUGUGUGGCAUUCAGGCAGGUGGUGAGUGAGUGUGACUCUGCGUGGGCCACAGCAGUUGCUUUGCAGCCAUAUUCAAAAUUAGUUCCUUGUUACUCUCUUUUAUCUAUUGGUUUUCCUCAGCUCAUCUGGGCUGCAUUCCAACUAUACAAAACGGAUGAUUUUUUGUGAAGUUACGUCGCUGAAGUUGAUUUGUAACCAUAUUUUUGUAAAUAAAGAAAAUGGUUGAAUUCUCA